AUGCCAAGAACAACGAAGGAAGAAAGCGCAGAUCUUUCAAUCAAGCUCAUUAACCCCGGAACACCAUUCUACGCAGGUAGCGUUAUCAUCGGCCAUGUCAUUCGCAAAUCGCCCAUUACCACGCCUUUCGCUACCAUCCGCGUGCGUCUUAAAGCUCGUGCCAAGGUGAGGCUUGCCGUACACUUCCAGGACUCAGGCGACAACAUAUUUCGAUCCCAGUUCAACUUCUGGCCUGAAAAUGCCGUGGCCGAGACUCUUCACGAAGGCGAACUGCAAGUUCCAUCCAGCCUAGGUGAGGCGGAUAGCUGGCCCUUCGCCUUGACGAUCCCUACGCAUACCAAUGCGAAGGGUUUGAAUACAGGCUUGGACAAUGAUGCAAGGAAGGCGUGCUUUUUGAACCUCCCCGAGGACAAAGAAGGGAAGCUGGGAGUGCCGGAGCAGCCUUUGCCAGGAACCUUCUACACCGAGCAUACCGGAAGCGAGAGGUCGUUUCAGUCGUUUGUAGAGUUCUGGAUCGAGGCGGAACUAAAAAUGAGACCGACGCGCGAGGCGCAGACGGUACAAGCAAAGUUGCCCGUCACGGUACUUUUUGCUCCCUCUCCGUCACCACCCAUCACAAAUUUUGCGCGGAUGAGAAGGAUCGCAGCUGGAUGCGUAUCCACCCAGCGCCUCUUCCCAGGGAUGGAGAAUGCGAAACUAUCCUUCAUGCAGAGAUCAAAGAAGUAUUUCGGCUCUACGAAGAUACCUGUACUCCGAUUCUCUCUCGACGUGAUAUAUCCCACCGUCAUCCAGCUCGGAAACCCGGCCAUCAUCCCGUUUGCCCUGCGCUUUAAUCCCAUCAAAGACAGAAGCUCAGACGUCAUUCAAGAUAUGCCGCGUAUCUAUCUCGAAAGUACCGCGCUGGAGAUCCAUUCCACGACGGAAGUCGUUGUUCCUUUCAGGCGGAAACCGAUUUAUGACGACAAGACGAGGAAGACGUGCGUUGGAACGAGCAUGGCUGGAGCUUCGGAUCGACGAAAACGGGUUGAUCAAGGGCGUGGGGGAACUUCCACCAGGGAGACAGGAGCGCAUAUAUCCAACACAUACGACAUAUUCCAUUAA